CACUCUCAGUUGAUGUGCACACGCGUCAGUAUGAAGAAAAACCUGUAACAGCGAUCGACUGUUUUUCAGGAGAUGGAGUCAAACCAAAGUCUCUGCCGUUCUCAAGAUGGCGACAGUUGCACGUACACGGAAGCAUUGGUCCUCCUGAAACAGGUGAAAGAGCUGAGAGAGAAUAAACUCUUGUGUGACGCGGUGUUGAGGUUGGACGACGACGGCGUCUUCCCAGUCCACAGAGUGAUUCUGUCGAUGCGUAGCGAAUAUUUCAGGAACCUCUUCACAACACAGCACCACAGUGAGGAGACUGAGAUUCUUCUCCACGGGGUCAGCUCAGAUGUGAUGACCCAGAUACUGGAUUAUGUUUAUUUUCGCGAGGUGGACAUCCGCUCCGACAACGCUCGUCAGCUGCUUGUGGUGGCUGAAUACUUGUGUAAUCCGGACGUGCCUAAACUCUGCUGCGACUUCCUCAAGGACGCGAUGGACGUCGACAACUGUAUCAGCAUCAUGCAGUUCGCAAGGUUACACUUCUGCGUCGACCUUGACACUUACGCUCGUAGCCUCGUUCUGCUUAACUUCGUGGAAGUGUCUCAGCAGAGCGAAGAACUGCUGGAACUGCCUGUAGAUGAGCUGCAAGCGGUAAUCGAGGCCGAGGAACUGAACGUGAAGGACGAGAGAGUUGUGUGGGAGUGCAUUCUCCGGUGGAUGAACCAGGACCCGGACAACAGGAAAGGCCACAUCGCGGACCUUUUGAAGGGCGUCAGACUGGAACGUCUGGACACAAAAGUUUUCAAGGAGGUGUCAAAUCACCCUUACGUGACUGAAAACGAGGCGUGCAGACCCUUGAUCUCGGAGACGCUCAAAUUCCUGGACGACGUGGAAAGGUUGACGAAGGAAGACGAGGAAUUCGUGACACCAAGGAUUGCCCGCCCGCGAAUCCCUCAGGAUUUUCUGUUUGCUAUUGGUGGGUGUCGUGAUAGAAGGCCGACAGAUGUGAUCGAAGCGUACGACGCACGAGCAGACCGGUGGAGUGUGGUGGAGGGGUUCGACUCGAUCGGUCCUCGAAUGAACCAUGGCACGGCAGUGAUCGGUUUCGACAUUUACGUCAUCGGUGGUUGUGAUGACAGGAAAUCAUUAAGCUCAUGUCGCUGCUUCAACGCUCUUACGAAGACAUGCCGCAAGGUGGCGCCUAUGCAUGAAUGCAGAUUCAGUUUAAGUGUGGCAGUUCUGCGAGGCGCAGUGUACGCCACGGGCGGUUACAAUUAUUAUGAUUAUCGCAGAACGGCUGAAAGAUACGAGUGCAAGGCGAACCAGUGGUCUUUGAUCGCUCCCAUGAACACAGGGCGACGCAAUGCAAGUGCGGCUGUACUGAAUGACAAAAUAUACGUCGCUGGUGGAUGUGACGAAAAGAAUUCUCUAAACUCGGUGGAAGUUUAUGACCCGGACACCAACCGAUGGACGUUCGUUACACCAAUGCUAUCUGGACGUCAAAGUUUUUCUUGCGUCGCGUUCCACGGCUGUCUGUACGCCCUAGGAGGACUCAACAGGACAUCAGACGAGCUCAGUACCGAAAAGUACGUCCCUGCAGAAGACACGUGGACCGAAAUCCCUGACAUGAACUUCUAUUCAGAUUAUUUAAAAGCAGAAGUGUUCGACAACACGAUCUUCGUUAUCAGUAGAUAUUUUGACAAGGGCCACUUCGGAUCCCAAGUCGCAUAUUUCGAUGACAUGGAAAAUCGAUGGUUUGUUUCUUUUUUUUAUUGUUCAGGACUGUACAAUCACAAUGUGUUACUUUCGAAAAGCAUUAGGAAGUGAAUCAUUUCCGGUCAAGGUAACCGCGAUCUUGCUGAUGCUGCGCCGUGUAGUGACGUAGAAACUGAGCAACGUUUCAGAGGUUCUUACUGCUAAUCAGGGACUUGAAUACAACGCGCAAAUUGGGUGAGAGGAAGGGGGUAGAAUGAACGCAGGUAGGGCGAUGUUGCGGUCAAGGUGAAUCUUUAAAGCAGAGGGCGAAUGACUUGGAAAUGCUAAUCAGACGUAAGCUGUGACUGCAUUAAUAAGAAGCUCUUUGACUAAGUUUCUUUGAUCAGAGGCACUCUCUUGGGCAGGAAGUGUCUGGCUUUCGGCACAUCAGCAUCGCCAUAAUCUUCCGCUUUCAUCAAAGUCUUAGGCUAGUCUCAUGUUCCCAUUUUUGAUCGAAGUUUAUUUCAAAAUGACUGUCUCUUGCCGUGUUUGACCACGCAGUCUCCUGCCAUCUGUUGACGGAGUUGGUAAGCAGCUCCAAAAACUUCCCAGAAGACAAAUUUCUUCACACUUGUUUGUGCAAGAGCCAGAAAUCCCUCAGAAAUUCGUUUGAUUUUUGUCUGAGUCUGUUUUACGUCCAGCAGAACCUCUCUAGAAAUAUUUUUGAUGGGACAAAUUUUUUUUGAAAGUGUAUUGCUAAAAGAGGGAAAUAUUGUCAUGGGCGCAUAUCUCUAACAAUACACGCUUAUCUCGCCAAAGAAAGUGUGUGAUUAAAUUUAUUAUUCUGACCGAAGGUAAUGGCUUAAUGAAGUGUACGAAAGUUAGCUAGUGCGGAACACAAGUCAUUUGACAGCGUUUUAAAAUUGUCAUAACCUCUCCCUCCACUUUGAUGUAAUAAAAUGUAUUACGUUAUAAUAGCACGUUGUCCGGUGUUCUGUGCGCAUGAGUGAAAGAAAGAUCACGUGGGAACUGUUCUGAAAUAUGGUGUGGCAAUCGUGCAUUAAAUUCCGAUUGGGGGAAUUUUUGUUAAGGUUGUUUGGAAACAAAUUAUAAGCAACGACAUUUCGGUGGAAGCUGUUCCCUUAGCUUCAAGCAGUUUUCCAUUCAACUCAAAGACAGAGCCAGCCCAUCAGACAUAAUAUUUAUAACGACUGAAAAAGUUAGUUUUAAGAAAAUUGUUAAUUUCUUGACAUAAAU